GUUUCACUUUAUGUGUUAUCUUCAGAGGAACAAACUUUUGGACAGGAAAUGUUUUUACCACAGGUGGUCACAUCCACAGACUGGUCACCAAAUCUUUGAUUACCCAUUGACGUUACUGUAUCAGGAGGAUGACGUGGUGCCUGGAAAAAACUGAUUCCGUGACUAUUUUUUCACAAUAAAAGCUUUACAAGCUUUAUGAAAUGUACAGUAUUCUUAACAAAGUUGUAAGUUUCAUUUUGAAAUAUGUAACCACUGCCUCAAGUAUUUAUUUAAUAAGUGUGCUGAUAAAUCGUAUUACUAAUAGCAUAUUCUAUAGAUAUGCUCAGUGUGAGGAAAAUAAAUGUCAUUAAAAAAAUAAACAAGCUAUGACUCAACGAUAUGGUAUAUUGACAACUCCAUAUACAGUUUUGUAGUUUAAUUCGUUUGGAUAUACAUUUAAAAAUAACUGUGAACGUCUUAUUUUGAAGUUUUUUUGCCGGCUGGAUGUCUUCCAGCAGAGGGCGUCCGAUUAUAACAAAGUCAAGUCAACUCCAGCUCCACAAUACAUUAAUACGCUUUGCUAGUCGGAAGUGCAGUUUAUUUCCACCGAGCUUGUGUGGCUGUCGACACUGUAUGGACAGACGUGUGGAGUACAAUGGAGACCAGCAAUAAUGCCACAGCCAAGAAUGAUGCUGGUGGUGACGGGAGAUGAUUUCGGCUACUGUCCCAGGAGAAACCAGGGCAUUGUGGACUGCUUCCAGGCCGGAGGCAUUUCCAAUGUGUCCCUGUUGGUUAACGCCUCUGCUGCCAAAGACGCAGCAGAUCUGGCUAAAAGGCACAACAUCCCCAUCGGUCUCCAUGCCAACCUGUCAGAGGGCAUCCCAGUGUGUCAGAGCCUCCGGCAGGCCUCCACACUAGUAAACCACUGCGGCUUCUUCCAUGGGAAGAUGGGCUUCCGUCAGGCCCUGAAGAUGGGUCAGCUCAGCAUGAAGCAGGUGGAGCUGGAGUUGAGGGCCCAAGUCAGGCUGUUCAGGGAACUGACAGGUCACCUGCCCCACCACAUGGACGGACACCAACAUGUCCAUGUACUGCCAGAGGUGUGCGAGGUGUUUGCACAGGUCCUGUCAGACCUCAAGAUCCCAUAUACUCGUGUUCCAGUGGAACCAGGUUUACACAGCUGCCCUGCACUGCCAGCACACCUCCACAGGUUCUACACAGAGGUGGAAAAGGACGCUCUGGACUCCAUCCCUGUCUUCAAACGCUAUGGAAUCAGGUGGCCAGAUGUGUACCUGGGACUGACCACCAUGGGCCAGAACAUGUCCGUCCCCAACCUGCAGAGGGCCCUCAGCCAUGCCUUGGCUGCAGGGUCUUCUGGAGGAUCUAAAUGCAGCAGUGCAUCAGGCUCCAAUCAGCCUGUGGUGACAGCUGAGCUCAUGGUCCACCCGGGUUACCCCAGUCACCCCCAGGAAGGAGGCUGCGGAGAGGGCCCUGAUGACUUCUCCCAGUCAGCAGACAGACAGCAUGAGCUGAGCGUCCUUAGAGACCCGUCCUUACUGGCCCUCUACAGCCAGGAGAGGGUGCAGCUCUGCUCCUUCAAAGACAUCUGAGUACUGCAGUCUACGUGGGACAAACAUGUAUGCAUACUGAGAACAUUGUGACAUUUUAUAAUAUUGUAAUAUUGUUGUUUUAUUUCAGGGUUCAGUUUGUAGUGGCCUUGAAGGAACAUUGUUUCCCAAAAGCCCAAGGCAGUCACAGGUUAAAGGUCAACUGGACAGCCUGUCGGGUGAGUCCAGACAUGACUGCAACAACAGCACAUCUCAUCUCUUUUUAAAAACAAUUCUUAAAGCACAGAAAGAUGCAUACUGCCAACCUAAUUUAUGAAAAAUUGUUUUGAAUGUUAACUAAUUAAUCCUUAACUUUGUUAAUAAUAAUACGAUUAAUAAAGCAGAUUAAGGAACCUUUAGUGAGAGAGUGUACUGAGCUACAGAGGCCAGACAGGAGUUGGUGUCUGGAUGUCGGCUCUCUAUAGAUCCUUGCACAAAAUCUACUCGCAGUGAGUUUACAUUUACUGACUGAAUGUGACAGCAGAGCACAGAAGCACUACAAAACAACUACAGUAACCUACAACCAGGAGUGAUAUGCUCUUCUUUCGUUUAUCUUAAAGGAGAAGUGAACAGGUGUUAAAGUUAAUGCAAGCCAUACUACUACUACUACUGUAGCUGCUGCUUUACAGCCCUCUGAUACAGAUGAUUGUACUGCAUUACCCACAUGCCCAUCAUUGCACAUGUUUAUUACAACUUGGGUUUUUAUAAUGUAGCUUUGUCCUUUAUGACCAUACACUGCAUACAGAAAGUACAAUGUGCAAGUUAAUGUCAGAGAUCUGGGACAAAAGCUGAGCAGUGAAUGAUUGCUCCAACUGUCUGUUGUAAACAUCCAGUACAAGUCAUAGCGCCACUUCCUGCUCUAACUUUGACUUGCUGACUCACUGGAGUUGUUUUCAGUUUUCUUGUGCAAUGACGGAUUAAAUGCAACAAUUCAAAUAAGAUGUCUUCAGUUGGACCUCCAGAUUAAGUGAUUUAUCUGAAUAAACAGUUGGUUUGUUUACAACCUGUCAGACUUCUCUGUGGAGAUGUCGUCAUGUUCCCAGAUGUCAAUAUUAACUUGGUCACUGAUGAAACUACAGAAAGAAUACCCAAGUUGAAAUUAAAUUUA